UUCAAAUUCCAAUCAUCUCUUAUUAUGUUAUUGUAAUAUUUUAAUUUUUAUAGUACAAUUAUAAAGUAAGCGGCUUACCAUAUUACUGUAUCAUUAUUCAUAAAACAUAAUUUUCUUAGGCAAUCAGUAAAAUUAUUUGUAGGUAUAGUGAGAUGUUUCGAUUAAGAUUAAAAAACAAUAUUAUUAAGAACAGCUUAAUAUCAGCAAAUUAUGUCACUAAACCUCCAAAACCCGAAAUACCAAGCAACCCACUGAAACAGAUAUACUCGGCUAACAAUCAGACGGAAAAUGGUAUUGUGUAUGAUAGGAAGCCAUUUAAAAUGAUGUUGGAAGCAGGCAAGUCAUACCAGUGGUGUCUGUGCGGAAGAUCUAAAUCACAACCCCUGUGUGACGGCACACAUAAAGACCAUUAUCUAAAAAUAACACAGAGGCCGAUAAGAUUCCAAGUAGAAAAAACCAAGGAGUACUGGAUGUGCAACUGUAAACAGACAAAAAAUAGACCUUUCUGUGACGGAACACACAAACAGAAAGAAAUACAGGAGGCGACUACAAUAAGAAUUUAGUUAGGAUACAACAAGUAACAUAGAGUGAUGAUAAGUAGAUGACAAAUAUAUAAUGAAACAUG